AUGGGCUCGGCCACGCAAAGUCAUUGCACAGACCAAUACUGGAAGCUCAACGAUUCCGAAUUGAGGUGCGAGCCUGAAGAGGUAGAAGCCUACUUCCAUGGAAAGGUUGUUGAUGGUUGGGCCAUUGAGAGCUCAAUUGGUAGUGGCGCUAACGGUGUGGUACUGCAAUGUGAGAAGAAUAAGACAAAGGCUGUAAUGAAAGUGGCACUGUCAUCAUACUCGGCUGCAAGUCUCGAAUGGGAAAGUAUGGUUAUGGACAGACUUCUUGCUAAACAAAACAUGGAAAAUCGGACAUUUCACCUAGUACGGAAGCUGGCAAGCGGCUCUACUGAAGUGACCAUCGGGGAAAAGACAUCAUCGCUUUCAUAUGUGGUAAUGGAAUGUUUACCCGGUAACCCGGUUCCAAUUAUAGGAAAUCUCCAAGGCCAAGAGCAGACUCUCAAAAUUAUAGAAUAUGGUCUGCAACUAUUGAAGGGGAUCUACGACAUGCAUCAGUGCGGAUUUAUCCAUCGUGAUAUCAAACCCGAGAAUAUAGGAAUGUAUGAGAACUCAAUUGUGGUCAUGUAUGAUAUGGGAAUGGCGCGUGCGUUCUUGGAUAAAGAUGGAAAACACAGACCACCUAGAUCGCAUGCUGGGAUGAGAGGGACCGAAGAAUGGAGCAGUCUUAACGCGGAAAUCGGCAGAGAUCAGGGCAGGGUUGACGAUUUAUGGGGUUGGUUGUACUGUUUGAACGAAUGGGUGAACUGUAGGAGUCAGAAACCACAAGUUUGGUCAGCCUAUGAUCGCGAACCCAAUAUACGGCAAUGGAUGAAAUCACCGUUUUUCUCCGCGAGAAUGGUCCUCAACAACUGCCCGUUCUCGUUCUUUAAAAUUGGUUUUUAUCUCCGGUACUUGGGUCGUGACGACACUCCUGACUACUUCUACCUAGCGUCACUUUUACAUGAAGCGAGCAGAGCUGUAAAAAGGAGGCAAAAGGCUGAACCACCUAACCUUGAGAAGAGCAUAGCGGAAAUCUUCCUAAUGGAGAGAGAAUUCUUCUAA